CCACCAUGGAACCUAGCAGUGGCCGAAGGGCCGACGGAACCCCGGGCGGGCGUCUGAAGUGAGGAAGGCGCUGUGCGUUCAGCGCCUCCGGGGCCACGCGGGCCGGUGUCCAGGAGUGCCAAGGCCGCCGCCAUGUCGGUGCUGGGCGAGUACGAGCGACACUGCGAUUCCAUCAUCUCGGACUUCGGCAGCGAGUCCGGGGGUGGCGGGGACGCGGGCCCGGGGCCCAGCGCCAGUACAGGUCCAGGUAUGGAUUCUCUUCCUGCCAAGCAAGAGGAUUACACCAUUACUGUGUUGCAGGAUGACUCACUGGUUGUGUGGAAGGAAGUUGAUUUGACCCGACUCUCUGAGAAGGAACGUCGUGAUGCCUUGAAUGAGAUUGUUAUUCUGGCACUGCUGCAGCAUGACAACAUUAUUGCCUACUACAAUCACUUCAUGGACAAUACCACCCUGCUGAUUGAGCUUGAAUAUUGUAAUGGAGGAAACCUGUAUGACAAAAUCCUCCGUCAGAAGGACAAAUUAUUUGAUGAAGAGAUGGUGGUGUGGUACCUUUUUCAGAUUGUUUCAGCAGUGAGCUGUAUUCACAAAGCAGGAAUCCUUCAUAGAGAUAUAAAGACCUUAAAUAUUUUUCUGACUAAGGCAAACCUGAUAAAACUUGGAGAUUAUGGCCUAGCAAAGAAACUUAAUUCUGAGUAUUCCAUGGCUGAGACGCUUGUAGGAACACCAUAUUACAUGUCUCCAGAGCUCUGCCAAGGAGUAAAAUACAACUUCAAAUCUGAUAUCUGGGCAGUAGGCUGUGUCAUUUUUGAACUACUUACACUAAAGAGAACUUUUGAUGCUACAAAUCCACUCAACCUGUGUGUGAAGAUUGUGCAAGGAAUUCGAGCCAUGGAAGUUGAUUCCAGUCAAUACUCUUUGGAAUUGAUUCAAAUAGUUCAUGCAUGCCUUGACCAGGAUCCUGAGCAGAGACCCACUGCAGAUGAACUUCUGGAUCGUCCCCUUUUGAGGAAACGCAGGAGAGAGAUGGAGGAAAAAGUCACUCUGCUUAAUGGACCUACAAAGAGACCAAGGUCAAGUACCGUGACUGAAGCACCCAUUGCUGUGGUAACAUCACGAACCAGUGAAGUAUAUGUUUGGGGUGGUGGAAAAUCCACACCCCAGAAAUUGGAUGUCAUCAAAAGUGGCUGUAGUGCUCGGCAGGUGUGCGCCGGGAAUACACAUUUUGCUGUGGUCACAGUGGAGAAGGAACUAUACACCUGGGUGAACAUGCAAGGGGGUACUAAACUCCACGGUCAGCUGGGCCAUGGAGACAAAGCUUCCUAUCGACAACCAAAGCACGUGGAAAAAUUGCAAGGCAAAGCUAUCCGUCAGGUCUCAUGUGGUGAUGAUUUCACUGUCUGUGUGACAGAUGAAGGUCAGCUCUAUGCCUUUGGAUCUGAUUAUUACGGCUGUAUGGGGAUGGACAAAGUUGCUGGCCCUGAAGUUCUGGAACCUAUGCAGCUGAAUUUCUUCCUCGACAAUCCGGUGGAACAAGUCUCCUGUGGGGAUAAUCAUGUGGUGGUUCUGACACGGAACAAAGAAGUCUAUUCUUGGGGCUGUGGUGAAUAUGGACGUCUAGGUUUGGAUUCAGAAGAGGAUUAUUGUACACCACAAAAGGUGGAUGUUCCCAAGGCCUUAAUUAUUGUUGCUGUUCAGUGUGGCUGUGAUGGGACCUUUCUGCUGACUCAGUCAGGCAAAGUGCUGGCCUGUGGGCUCAAUGAGUUCAACAAACUGGGUCUGAAUCAGUGCAUGUCUGGAAUCAUCAAUCACGAAGCAUACCAUGAAGUUCCUUACACAACUUCCUUUACCCUGGCUAAACAGUUAUCCUUUUAUAAGAUCCGUACCAUUGCCCCAGGCAAGACUCAUACAGCUGCUAUUGAUGAGCGAGGCCGCCUUUUGACCUUUGGCUGCAAUAAGUGUGGACAGCUGGGUGUUGGGAAUUACAAGAAGCGUCUGGGAAUCAACUUAUUGGGUGGACCCCUUGGUGGGAAGCAAGUGAUUAGGGUUUCCUGUGGUGAUGAGUUCACCAUCGCUGCCACAGAUGAUAAUCAUAUUUUUGCCUGGGGCAAUGGUGGUAAUGGACGUCUGGCAAUGACUCCCACUGAAAGACCACAUGGCUCUGAUAUCUGUACCUCAUGGCCUAGGCCUAUUUUUGGAUCUCUGCAUCAUGUUCCAGACCUAUCUUGCCGUGGCUGGCACACCAUUCUCAUUGUUGAGAAAGUACUGAAUUCUAAGACCAUCCGUUCUAAUAGCAGUGGCCUCUCCAUUGGAACUGUGGUCCACAGCUCUAGCCCAGGAGGUGGCGGAGGAGGAGGAGGAGGAGGAGAAGAGGACAGUCGGCAGGAGUCAGAAACUCCUGAUCCAAGUGGAGGCUUCCGAGGAACAAUGGAAGCAGAUCGAGGAAUAGAAGGUUUAAUCAGUCCCACAGAGGCCAUGGGAAACAGUUGUGGGGCCAGCAGCUCCUGUCCUGGCUGGCUUCGAAAGGAGCUGGAAAAUGCAGAAUUCAUCCCCAUGCCUGACAGCCCAAUUCCCCUAAGUACAGGAUUUUCAGAAUCUGAGAAAGAUACGCUACCCUAUGAAGAGCUACAAGGACUCAAAGUGGCCUCGGAAGUUCCUCUGGAACACAAACCCCAAGUGGGAGUCUGGCCACCUCAGCUGACUCCUGUGGUACCAUGUGCUGGGAAGGGGACACCACUGACUCUUGCCUGUACGUGCAGCGGUCUGCAAGAGGAGGUUGAGAGAUUGCAGGGGCUGGUGUUAAAGUGUCUGGCUGAACAACAGACGCUCCAACAAGAAAACCUCCAGAUUUUUACCCAGCUACAGAAGCUAAACAAGAAAUUAGAAGGAGGGCAGCAGGUGGGGAUGCAUUCCAAAGGAACUCAGACAGCAAAAGAAGAAAUGGAAAUGGAUCCAAAGCCUGACCUAGAUUCAGAUUCCUGGUGCCUUCUGGGAACAGAUUCCUGUCGACCCAGCCUCUAGUCUCCUGAGUCUACUCAGGAAACUGGGAUCUAAAGAACCUCACAGCACACUUACUGAAUGCAGAGAGCAACUUUCCUGGCUUUGUUCACUUGCAGACAAGGAGCGCAAGGCGGAGGCUCUGAAGCGCUUUCCUUAUACAUGUGGAGAGUGGCGUUGCCUUUUAGAUAGGAUCUAGGAGUGAGUUCAUUGUUUUGGAGAAUGGAAGGGACCCAGGACCCUGGCUUUGUCAUCAGUGACUGCCAUAGCAACAGCAGCUCUGUACCUCAUCUUUUGAUCCCUCCUUUAAAGAGGAGACACAGUGCUCACCUUAAUUACGCUGAUAGCAGUUCAUAUACCAUUUAUCAUUUUCAGCAUUGAUUGGAAGCUGCCUUGGAAAUUCAGCACCAGGCGUUGCCCCUCCAGGUGGGGGAGGGGAAAGUGUAAAGCUGCUUUGGGCUGGAACCAGGUGUGGCCCUCACGGGUCCUCCAGAAAGUGGUGAAGCAUCUGAGCCCUCUGAGGAGCCCUGAGUCCAGGAAAACUUGUGCAGUGGAGUCAGUCUAGUGUUUGCUUUCAGAAAGUUGGAUUACUUUGUGCAGCUAAACACUUGAAGAGGAAAAGUGGGCUUAGAUUGCUUUCCUCUGAAGAUUGAUUGAAAUGUCAUUAGUGAGUAGAGAAAGGGCAAGUCCCUUCUUAUCACACAGCUAUCUCUUCAGCCUGUGGCUGGUGCAGGCAUCCUCUUGGCUCUGGAGGAUGCCUCCAAAGAAGAUGUAUCUGAGAAUUGAGUUAGGGGACAGUAGGUAGGGCUACCGAAGGAAAUUGUAAGGCAAGGAACUCCUUCAAUGCCUGUACUUUGUGUCUGAGUUUCUGGGAUGGCUUCUUGUGCCUCAACUCUUAAGGGUCUAAGAUCUCAGCAGCCCUAGCCACUCCCUUUCUGAAUGUCUAUAGUCAGUAUUUUUCCCCUUCUGGUGUGUUUUGAAGCCACACCACACAUAGUGAAUCUGUAUCAUUUUUCCUACUUGAGUGGCCCAACACCAGCACUAAAACCUAAGUGUCCUGGAAGCCUAGUAGUAGCUGGUGCCUGCCAGGUGGAAGGGAUUUGGCUGUAAGCUCUCCUCUGAUGUGUCCUUGAAAUCAGGAACAAGCUACCUUUUCUAAACACAUUUUAUGCCCUAGAACCACCAGGCUAUAUAUGCAGAAUUUCAGGCUGCUCAAGGAUGUGAGCCUGGGUUUUCCAUCGAGCCUUAUGAAAUAUACUGUAGUGUUUAUCUCAUAUAUUGUUGCCCCCAACAGCUAGAUUGUUUUAUCCAAACCAAAAAAAAAAUGUUCUUAAUAUUGUAGGAGGACCUAUGCAGUGGAAAUUUUGCCAUUUUCCUAAACCUGGUAGUGCAAAGGCUGGUGCUUGGAGGAAACCCCCUUCUGGUGUGGGCACCUCUGUCAAUGGGAUCUUCUUUGGUUUGCUAUCCCAUUGUUUUCUCAAUUCUGAGAAGCACAGUACAGUAGUACUAACAUAUUCACCAAAGCCUUUUCCUAUAAUAAGGGAAGGGCCAACCCUGACUUAAGGUUACAAGGUCUGGGGGCCUGAGGUUGGCUAUCAGUCCCCUGACAGUAGGUUUUGGUUCAUCAUGUAAAUGAAGCUUUGGUGUUCAUAAGGACUGACUGGCCUUUCAUGUUCCUGUAUCAUACUCACCAUCUCAGCAGGCCUGAGAGGCAGGGUGAGUUUGGGAAUUGAUCGUGAGGAUUGCUUCUGCUCUGGAGCUGAGAGACAUGGGCAUGUGCUCAGACAGUGAAGUGACAGACAGCAAGUGUUGAAAGGAGAUGAGCUCUAGUUCUUGUUGGGGGGGGGGGGGCCGAGGGGGAGGUCGUCAGUCCCAAGCGGUGGAAUAUGGUAAUGGUUUUCUUCCUAUGUUCCCUCGGGAAGUCUAGGCUUGAUAAUAAUCUGGCUGAGUAAAUUCUGUGCCUUAGAGACAAUUUGCACUUUCCCUAAUUGUGCCUGGGAUAGCCAUAUGAUUUUCCCCACCAAACAGCUAUGCAAACAGAAACCAGUUCAAGGUGGCAGCCAUGCAUUAGAAUAUUGUGAAAGCAAGGCAGCUGAAAUGCCUUUGAAUGGUUUCCUGUAGCUAAUUUUCUUUCAAGUGUGUCCUGCUUUUCCUUAUGCAGUGCUGGGUGUUUGAAGUUUUCCAGUAGUAUUGCUUUUGAGUUACAGUAUAACCUGCAUUACUUUGCGCCUGCACUUUUGCUGCAGAACCAGCUUAUUGUUAGCCAGAAGCUGGAAAGGUUGAGGGUGGAGUGGUUUGGCAUUUCUGUUUUAAAUAAACAUCUAAACCCUGA